CGCUGUUGUGCACUUCCCUGCCGCUCGUCUGUACGGACCCAUACAAGUCUCAUAGCUUCUCUGUACAUUAUCUGCUUGGCUGGCUACCAAAAGCUCCAGAAUCUUGUACUCGAACAGACCCUAACAGUCAGCCAAGCGACGACAUGGCCUUCCCUAUUCCCGCCCACCUACCUCGAGGCAAGGACCCCCAAGAUGUCUCCACGAAGAUCCUCACGAAGAUAUCUGAAACUGAUACAAAGUCUUUGAACGCCUCUCUGGCGUCCUCUUGGAUUGCGGAGCUUGACGAGACCAUUGCCCAAACGAAGCGUAUAUCGAACGAUCUGCCCUUCUUCAAUGAGCAGCUGUCAAGCGCGAAGUCAAUCCAGGAGCGGUUACAUACGCUGACGGAUAAUGUCGAUGCAUUGGAUGGUCGCUUGUCGGAUUCGGAGACUGCUCGCACAAGAGGCUUGGACGCUUCGGUGAAGCGUCAGAACCUAAUUCACCUGUUCGGUUUGAAGCGGAAGUAUGACAACCUCACGACACUGGUGCAUGAAGGCAAGCUACCGGAAUCAGUGGCAACAUCCUCUGCUCUCGAGCCUGAGCUGCAGCUUAAUGAUGCCUACAGUCGAAGCGUUAUGGUGUCAUCGUCUGAAAUACUUGUCCGACCUUCUGUGCAAGUGCGACAAUCGGAGACGACCUUGUCUUUGGCAUCAGUUCUAUCGUCCCUAUCAGCCGCCUCCCUCGCCGAGCGUUUGAACCAUCUUCGCCGCGACCUCACACAACACUACGUCGAAUACAUCGCGAAGCAGCCUGCCAGCGUUGAGGUGACAUCUGUGGACACUAUCGCAGGCGCUGCCGAGUACAGGCUGACGCUCUUCCCUUCUCCGCCGGAUAGCCAGGACCUGAGCGCACGUCUAGAUGGCUUCUCGGCUGUAUUGACCUUCCUGAACGACCGCCUAUUCCCUCACUUGCCGCAGCGGAGCGGAACGGCUGUGCUCAAUCACCUUCUCAUUCCGUCUCUGCCAUCUUCGCUCGAUGGGCUGCCGCAUUUCCUCGAUUUCUCACUCGGGCGCAACAAGAUCAGAAGCUGGGCUAGUGGCCGGCGCAUGCAGCUGCUGGAAGCUGUGAGGCUCAUCGUCAUGAGCCCGGAGGACGAGCGACGUAUGAUCUCCGUAGACGUCGAGGUUAAGCCCGAGUUCGAAGAAGGAAGCCUUGCACCGUCAACUGCAGAGCCUCAACCCGAACGGGUGGAGGAUAGCAACGACGACACAGCUUGGGAUUUCGAUGAUGAACAGCCGACGGACACCACUGAGAGCAAAGAGGACGAUGCCACGGCUGACGAGGAUGGGUGGGGCUUUGAUGACGAGGGGAGCGCUGAGCCUCAGCCAGAGCAAAGCACGUCGGAGCCCGUACCACCAGAAGAGGAUCCUGGAGAUGCUUGGGGCUGGAAUGAUGACGAUGCGUCGGAUACGCUCAAUGGCGAGGAGUCUUACGAGGACGAUCCAUGGGCCGAUGGAUGGGACGACAAGGAGAGCAAAGAAAAGUCAAAGGCGCCUGCAAAAAUGCCGAAGCCGGCAAAGGGACUCGCGAAGCUGUCGUCGAAGGGCAAGAGUGCCAAUCACAAGACGGACGAGCCGCCGUUACAGUCGCCCAUACCACUCGCGCCCCCUCCGCCUACGCCACUAGUGACGUCCAUACCGAAACAAAUGGCGACCCCGCAGGUUUUGAAGGAGACGUAUAUGGUGUCUGGACGCAUGAAAGAACUUAUCAAGCAUGUCGAAAGCGUCCUUGAAGAAGGCGCCGAGCUAGUCUCUUCAGGGCUUUUUGGACCUCAUCAGACUUCGACAUCACAACUAGGAUCGGUGAUACUGCAGGCCGCGCCGUUGACGUUGGAUGUGUUCCGCGCGGUGUAUCCUGUCACAUUCUCUGCGAUACUGCAAAACUCGCCGAAACAAGCGAUGCGCUUCUCCAAUGAUUGUCUGUACCUCAGUACAGAAGUGCAGCAGGGUCUGAAGGGUUCUGCUACCGCUGUAUCCGGGAAGCUCCAAGAAGACGGCGAGCGGCUAAAGAUACUCGGCGAGAGCUGGUAUUCAGAUACUAUUGAUCGGCAAUGUCAAUUGAUCCAUGAACUUCUCGACAAAGCAGCAGGCUUUGUUGAGACCACUAACCAGGACCGCUUCGACGAAUGCGAGAACGCAGUCAACCAAAUACUGCAGCGCAUACGUCGUCUAGCACAGGAGUGGAAGCGCGUCUUGAACAAAAGCAAGUACUAUGAAGCGCUUGGCUUCGUGGUGGACGCGGCGCUAUCACGCAUGCUGGCGGACAUUCUUGCUCUGCCCGACAUUACUGCCGAGGAGUCAAAUAGACUCAGCGAACUAUGUCGUAUCUUCAAUGCGCUGGAAGGCCUAUUUGUAGAAGACCCGUCUCAGCCAUCAUUCGUCGUCUCGUACGUCCCAUCUUGGCUCAAGUUUUCUUACUUGUCGGAGCUUCUCGAAGCGUCCAUGGCGGACAUCUCGUAUCUCUUUGAAGAGGGCGCGCUGGUGGAUUUUGAGAUCGACGAGUUGGUGAAACUGGUACGCGCCCUUUUCGCAGACACUUCUUUGCGGGCGAACACCAUCAACAAGUUCCUCGGCGGUCACCCAUCGUCUUCAUGAGCAGUCUCGUUAUGCGUACGAUGUGGGCAGGGAUACUUAGUAUGGACUUACUAUUUACUCUGGGAACAUCAUGCUUGUAAUCACAUCAUAUACUGCAUGUACCUCAGUGGGCGAUCGACACUGCGGAAUAUUGCUGGUGCUGGUGAUUAGAUUUCUAAUACUCCUCGCCCCGUAAAUCUGUCUGAGGACCCAUAGUUGGGAUUGAGAGACAUUACAUAGCUGCCAUGUACUUAUGAGCUCCGGAAAUGGCAGUUGGGGG